CCAAGAAGCAUCCACGAAUACAAAUUGAAGAAUCCAGACCGAGAACGCCUGGUAAAGACCAGAGCAAGCACAAGAUCGGGAACGGGGAAGAGACAAAGCAUUGAGAUCACCAUGGACUCAAAGGCUCUAAGAAGCGGCGGAGGCCUUCUCGAAGGGAUUUACAGGGUUAUCAUGCGCCGCACCUCCGUCUACGCCACAUUCGUCAUCGCCGGCGCUUUUGUCGGAGAACGGGUUGUGGACUAUGGAGUUCAUAAACUCUGGGAAUACAACAAUAUUGGGAAACGUUAUGAAGACAUUCCAGUCUUGGGGCAAAGGCAAUCAGAAGAAUGACUUGUUGAAUUCCUUCCCUUGGCGGCUUUUAAGUCCAUUCUUACUUGGAAGUUUUGAGGCAUCUAUGUACAAGAUAGCUUUGCGCAUGUUUGUAAUAAAUAUUAUAUUCUUGGGUGCAUCAGACGCUUUUCAAGCACGGUUCCAUUCAUCCUGGC